AUGGAUAGUUCAUUGCAUUCGCCGAGAGAACCGAGUACAUCGGUACCAACGGUUGUCACAAUUGAUGGACACAGUUGGGCUUAUUGGGCGUUCGUUUGGCUAGGCCUUGGAUCUUUAUUACCAAUCAAUUUUUUCAUCACAGCUGAUCAAUAUUUUCGUUAUAAACUACACGAUCCAAGUAUGCCGAACUCAACUGCAUCGCGUUUGGAAUUAGCAUAUGAGAAUGCGGUAACUCUCUCAACAUCAUUACCAAAUUUAGUUACUACAAUGUUAGUAACAUUCGUUUGUGUACCAUUCAUUCACAAAUAUCGUAUCUAUACGUCAUUAAGCGGUAUAACCAUUUGUUUAUUGAUAUGUUUUUCGUUGAUUUUCGUUGAUGUUCAUCAAUGGCGUGAAAUCUUCUUCAUGAUUACAAUGAUACUGGUGAUGUUUCAAGGUGUGCUGUCUGCUAUUCUUCUCAAUUGUUUCUUUUCUCUAACAUCAACAUUGCCAAGUCAAUACAUUCAAGGAUUUGUUGCUGGUCAAGCACUCGGUGGUGUCUUUGUAGUAAUAUGUUCCAUAGCAUCAAUCUUAUUUUCAAGCGAUAUUUCAACAUCCGCAGCAAUUUAUUUUCUACUUGCUAUAUUCGUCUUUCUUUCGAAUAUAGUCACAUAUUUCUAUCUGGAAAGAUCUCAUUUACUACAAGUUUAUUCGUCAUCAGUUCAACAGAUCAAUAAUGAAAACGAACCAUUACUUCGUUCAACAUCUAUCGACGAUCCUACUGAUACAAUCGAUAUGACAACAUUAGCAUUGCGUCAACGUUUACUAGUUGCUUAUAAAUAUACCAAAUGGAACUUUUUCGGUGUUCUCUUAACAUUCAUUUGUACAUUAUCACUUUUUCCAGCAUAUAUGUCGAAAAUUCAACCGGCUCAUCCGACUACAGAUUAUCCAAAUACAAUUUGGAGCGAGCGUUUGUAUGCUCAAGUAAUGACAUUCUUGCUCUUCAACGUUGGUGAUACACUUGGUCGUAUGAUAUCAUCCAAAGUUCAUGUUCCAUCGUUAUUACAUCCUCGCCUUCUGUUCUGUUUAUCUGCUUUACGAUUUGUAUUUAUUCCACUAUUCGGCUUCUGUCAUUUUCCAAACACAAAUGGAUAUCCAUACAUAUUUAAGAAUGACUUUAUUUAUGGUUUCAUUGUUCUGUCUUUUGCCACAUCACAUGGCUACUGCAAUUCUCUUAAUAUGAUGUUCGCACCGAAACGUGUUCAUGCUCAAUUGAGUAGCACAGUUGGAGCAUUAAUGCUGAUGGCACUUACUCUUGGCAUUUUUCUCGGUUCUGUGUUGUCGUAUGGUGUAGUAGCUAUGUACGGUGAUGCAAAAGCACCUGACAAUGAAUAUUUUCAAUAG